CUGCUCUCUGCUCCAGUGAGUUUUCCCCACCCAGUCGUACACCUGAGGAGAGCCGUCUCUGGACAGGAGGUUUGUUCUGUUUCUAACUCGACUUCCACUUUGGACCAUUGGUAGUUUAUCCACAGAGCACCGAGGAUGUCUUUGAAUAUUCCCAUUCUAGAGAUCUUCCUGGGCAUCCUGGGCUUCGGCCUCUCCAUCAUGUUCUGCACGACCUUCUGCAGGGUGUGCAGUCGCUUCAGGGAGGAGCAGAUCGAUCGGGAGGCGGCGAGACGGAGUAACCAGGAGCUGCGCCCUCCGAUAUAUUUCAUCCCUUUCCAUGGGAGCCUGUCACAGCACGACAGCGAAGACGUCCCAGGCAUGCCCCGAUACAGCCAGGAGCUUUACCCCCCAUACAACAACGCUGCCUUCUGUGGGCCCCCACCUUCCUAUAAUGAGCUGGAAUUGAAGCCGGAUGAUCUUCCCCCUGCUUACACAGAUUAUAGCGUUCCUGUGUAUCCCCUCCCAUCUCCACAUCACAUGGUUCAACCACAAACACCACACUAAGACGGGACCACCCUCCUGUGCCUUUGUUUAUCGCUCUGGAGUCGAUAAUGUUUCAAAGAUUAUUGAUGUGACCUUUUUUAUUAUUGUUAUAAUUCAUGUAAUGAUGGUAGAGAGGGGAUAACAUCUGUAUACUGUAAAUGGCACCAGGUUUCAGAAAACAAUGCCAUGAGUAUGCUGCAAUCUCUCAAGGCCAAUUCCAUUUUUAAUCCAAUAUUUUAUUCUAUGCCCCCACUUGUUAUUCUCUCCACCAUGGAAACCAUGCUUUUGAUCCUGUCUGUUUGUCUUGUGUUUCAUUAGCAGGGUCUCAAUAGCCACUUUACAGGUAUGUAAGUAAUAAGUGUGAGUUCAGAUGUGAAUGUGAAACCAAUUAUGCCACUAUGUGGCCAUUUAUAAAGCACUUUGUUUUUGCUCAGGUCUCCUUUACCCUAUGUAUUAGUGCCUGCAGAGAAUUUGGAUCAAACAUUUUCUCCAUAUAUUUGGAUAGGCUAUUUGUUUCCUGAUUGCCAGAGUCUUGUAGUUGUGUCCUCCAAAAAGUGGUAUAACUCUUAAAGGUAUUUGAUAUUCCUUCUGUGCAAUCGUAAAAAAUGUAAUCACAUUCUGCUGAUAGGUGGCACAACAACACAAUUAAUUGAAAUGGCCAUAGCUCAAUGUUCACAAGUCUUUGAUUCUUAUUGUGCACAAUUUAUCCUCGUAAGAAAACACAUUUUUAUAGAUAGGGUUCAGAUGAUGAUCAUGAUGAUCCAGAUGCUGAUUCACAUUUCUUUUUACAAAAAACAAGUGAAGAAGAGAGGAAAAAGGUGCUCUUAAGAGCUUUGUAUCUUUUUUGUGUUUUAUGUAUAAUGUAAUAUGUAAGACGGAUCUGAGGAGCAGCCUUGGGACAAAAAGAGAGACACAUGUAUGAAAGUCCUCUAUUUGUUUUCAGCGACUGAAAGAUGUAUUGAUGUGUUCAGAUAGACCUGGUAGAGCUGAGGUUUCCUGUAUAUUUUUAAUAUGAUUUGGUGUUGUCUUUGUAUGUUAAGAGUCAUGUGCUGAAAUGGGACCAUGUUCUUUUCUUUCUCUGUGUUCUUUUUUUACAAAUCCACAAAUCCUCUGCCUCUGUAUGUCUACAGUCUUUAAAAAUCACGUGAGAAGUAUUGUUUAAACCACCAGCUCUGAAACCAAGAGAGCUGCUUUUUUUGUGAGAAUUCUAGAGACUUUGAUCAGAGGCUUUAAUUAAACAAUGACAAUACUGUAAAUGAAAUGUGAAAAUGACUGAAUCAAUUGUUUAAAUCUCAGGACAAAAUGUGAGUUAUAUAUAUAGAAGCUGGUUUACAAACAGAUCCCUGAAUGACAAAGCAUUGUGUCACUCCAAAGAUAUGUCUGUGAUAUCAAGAGAAUAUGGCUAAAUCGAAAUCUACCUUUAUGUAUACAUAUUUAAUUUUAUACCAUGUGUAAAUGUAAGAUGUUCAUUAUGACUUCAUGUGUGCAUAUUAUUUUUUGUUUUUGUUUUCAAUAAACACAGCACUGUAAUUCAA